AUGAAACAUAGUCAAAAUAUAUUGCAAUCUGCAAAACAAAUUCCCUAAAAUGAUUAGGGAGGUAUUAUGGGAAGAAAAGGAUUAACAGUUAAUAUAUUAUAAAAUUAGUAAGAGGGUAGUAGAUAACCUAUUACUAAAGAGUAAAUGGAAAAGCAUAGGAGAAAUGUAUUUGAAAGGCUGAAAAAAAGAACUUUAAGGGGGAAAAUUAUAAAUCUCAUCGAUGAAAAUAUGUAUUUUAGGUGCAAUCAUUUAUUAGAGCAUUAAAAGAAAAUGAAAAAUCUUCACGAAAAUGGAAUGUACUAUAAGACUUUAUUUUAUAAAGAAAAGUUGUAAGAAGAAAACUUCAAAAAGAAACCAAUGGUGUUUUCUAAACCACAAUCAAAUGAUUUUUAUCCUAUGUCCAAAAUUAUCAGUAAAGUUGAUGAAAUUGAGCUUAAUUAAGUCUUUGAUAGAUAUGAUCCUUAAUUCACCAAUGAAGAUGAAGAAACCAUGAUGGCUUUUAAAAAGAUAUGCUAGCGCUUGACAAAAGAGGAGUUACUUGAAGUUGGUGAGGAUCCAAAUUAUUUUAUAGUUAAACAAAAUCAUAGAUAAAGGUAUUAGUUGCUUAAUCCUAAGCUUUGGGAUGAUGUAGCUGGACUAAAAUAUUAAUUAGACAACGAAGAACAAGAUACUAAAAAAGACGCUUAGGAAUUUUACCCUACUAAAAUUGUUCAUUUUAAAAGUGAAAGGAUAUUACAAUCUCUUGAUAAAUCAUCUAGUAAAAAAAAAAUAAUACACUAAAUAGAUCCUAUCUAGAAGAAAAAUGAGUUUAUUGAAUAAUUGAGAGGCUAUUUAAUUGAAAAACAUCAUGAAAGACAAGAAAGAUUUGAAAAAAAGGCCUUAAUUGAGGAAUAAAAUAAAUUAGAUAAGAAAUAUGAUAUAGAACAAAAGUACACUGAAAAGAUAAUUAGAGCAGAAAAAACUAUAAAUGAAAUCAAAGAUGCUGUGUAAAGAUAGAAAUUAGAAAACCAAAAAAAGGAGGAGUAGCAGUUAAUGUUAAUUGAAAAAAACAGAUUAAAGUAAAAAGAAGAUGAUGAAAUAUUUCUAUUAAACACACAUCUUAGAAGGAUGCUUAUUGAGCAUUAAGUGGAUGAAAACAAAAGCAAAGUUAUAAAUUAGAAAUUAACAAAAGUUAAGACUCUGUAAAAGUAUUAAGCAAACAAAUAAACUUAGUUAGUUGAUUAACAGUGA